CUUUGCGUCUCUCUUCACCACACUGACAACAAACAGCUUUACGGCCGAAUGUAGUCACACGUGUUGUUGCACAGAGAACUAGGAGUUUUUAGUCGCUGCCCAAGUUAUUGAUCAUUUUAAAGAAUGUCUUAUAGAGGAGGCGGCGGAAGAGGUGGAGGUUUUAACAGGGGUGGUAGAGGAGGCUUCGGCGGCGGCAGAGGAGGCUUCGGCGGUGGGAGAGGAGGCUUCGGCGGCCGUGGUGGAGGUCGCGGUGGUUUCAGACAGCAAGACUAUGGACCGCCCGAAUACGUUGUUGCUUUGGGAGAGUUUGUGCAUCCCUGUGAGGACGACAUUGUGUGCAAAUCCACGACUGAGGAAAACAAGGUUCCCUACUUCAACGCACCAGUAUACCUGGAAAACAAGGAGCAGAUCGGAAAAGUGGAUGAGAUAUUUGGACAACUGCGGGAAUUUUAUUUUUCCGUCAAACUAUCUGAAAACAUGAAGGCAUCUUCGUUUAAGAAACUGCAGAAGUUUUAUAUAGAUCCAAUGAAGCUCCUUCCGCUGCAGAGGUUCCUCCCAAGACCGCCUGGCGAAAAGGGUCCACCAAGAGGGGGCCGAGGAGGGGGUAGAGGUGGUGGACGGGGAGGCGGUCGUGGAGGUGGAUUCCGGGGUGGAAGGGGGGGAGGUGGCAGAGGUGGAGGUUUUGGGGCAGGUGGGAGAGGUGGAGGUUUCGGGGGAGGAGGACGUGGAGGUGGCGGCUUCAGAGGAAGAGGAGGAGGUGGCGGAGGACGUGGAUUCAGAGGUGGAAGAUGAUCUUCUGUGGGUCUACCUUUUAUCCCAGUCCUCUGUGAAGGUGACAAAGUCGGACAUUGCCUCUUCAUUGGAUUCACUUUAUUUAGGUUUUUUUUUCUCAUAAGUGAUGUACUUUUUUAUUUUAUUUAAAAGGCUUAUAUUCAUGCUUUGGAUAAUUGAUAAACCUCAGUCAUGUCAAAUAAACCUGAACACAUCCAUUGACAAAUUGUCCGUCGUGAUGUAUGGACAAAUGUAAAAAGGGGUGGGGGUUACAGGGUCCUGAUUUCUUACUGCAGAAAAUCAUGUCUUGAUUAAAUAUUUUUGUGUAAAA